CCUAUGCAGCAACAGCAUCAAAAGAUAUUAGACACAAAUGAUAGAUGGAUCCUCCCACACUGCAAGAAGGCCAUAAGUCCUAUAAACUCCAUGAAUGGACAUGUCAAACUCUAUGAAACUGCAGCUUGUUUCUAAUUAACAAGAACGAAUACAGAGAGAUCAGGAUUGGAUUCCGAAGGAUUGAGCAGAUGGUUCCAGUCGGGCUGCUGUCUUUCGCAACUUCUGUUUGCGGUGAUGUCUCAGGGAUCCCGGGUAAUUGAUCUCUGCUCUCUCUGCAGACUGAGAUCAUGAUGUAUGGACAUCAGACAGAACAUGUUUUAUCGAAAUCGGGAUUUUCUUGCAGGCAGCCUAUUGCCUUCGUGUUGUUUGUCUCCCCAAUGUUCGUAAGAAACGGAUCGACGGAGCAGUUCUCUGGAUUGCCGUACGUGUAUGCUCUCCUCAACUGCCUGAUAUGCCUCUGGUACGGCUCGCCUUUUGUGACUCCGGGUGUUAUACUGGUCGCCAGCGUCAACUCCAUUGGUGCUGUCUUCCAGUCGGCAUACCUUACCAUCUUCAUCUACCCCGACAAGGCUAAUAAGCUGAAGAUGGCCGGACUCGUGCUCCUAGUCUUUGCCCUGUUCCUGACUGUGGUUUACAUGAGCAUGCAGCAAUUUACCCCAGCUAGGCAAAUAUUUGUCGGGUACCUCAGCAUAGUCUCUCUUAUUUCAAUGUUCGCGUCGCCCCUCUUAAACAUCAAGCUGGUGAUUAAAACAAGAAGUGCUGAGUAUAUGCCAUUUUACCUCUCGUUAUCAACCUUCCUGAUGAGUGUCUCUUUUUUCGCGUUCCAAAUGGGGUUGGGACACUUCUCGGAAUCAGCCAGUUGUCGCUUUACUUCUACUACAGGAGUGUAUCUGCAGAAGGAGAGUGGAGAGUACCUUUAAUGCGAUCAUAUGCAUGAAAAACCGAUUCUGCUACAAAUUGCGUAAGAACCACCGCAAUUUCUGCUCAUCCUGUGCCCUUCUUCUGCAAACAAAAUAAAUGUAUGCAAGAUAACAUAUGACAGAACCAGGACAUCGAGCAGGGAGGAGCGAGAUCUUUCAAGGCCACCACAGCGAGUUUAAUUGAAUGUUCACUUUUGGAGAAUAUAUGCAAAUAAUUCUGAAAUACUGGAAAAGAAGAGUUGAAGAUCUCGAAUAGACGUUAAUCAGAAGAUGCAUUUACCAAAUUGAUUCAAA